AUGACGGUCAUUCCUCAGCAGACCUCCUGGCAGGAAACCGCUCGCCAGGUUCAAGCGGUGCGAGAUCGUUCAAUUGAAUCAGUUGAUCCAUAUGUCGCAGCUUUUCCAGAGAAGCUCAAGGGCAGAGUCAUCGACGUGCCCAGAAAAUACCUCACUUCUGCUGAGCAGGCUAUCACCGAAAGCCCAGCUGAGGCCCUGGUGGCUUCUCUUGCAGCGGGGAAACUGACUGCAGUCGCCGUGACAAAUGCAUUCUUGCGCCGAGCUGCGAUCGCUCAGAAGCUGACAAAUUGCAUCUACGAACUCCUCCCCAAACGCGCCCUCGCUCGAGCCAAGCAUCUCGAUGAAUACUUCGCAACCCACAGGAAGCCAUCCGGUCCUCUGCACGGUCUUCCAAUCAGUAUCAAGGGCCAUGUCGGUUUAGAAGGCCGAGACCUGUCUGCCGGUUUUGUGAGCUGGACAAGCAAGAAGAGCCCCGUCGAUGCCAAUAUCGUCAAGAUUCUGCUGAAUGCCGGCGCGGUUGUGUAUGCGAGAACAACAGAACCCCAGGGACUGAUGGCACUUGAAACAUGCAGCAACAUCACCGGUACCACCACCAACCCACACAACACAGCCCUCACGCCCGGCGGUUCUUCUGGUGGAGAAUCUGCACUGCAAGCGUUAUAUGGUAGUCCACUAGGUAUUGGAUCUGACAUCGGAGGCAGCAUCCGCUCCCCAGCCGCGAACUGCGGCCUCUAUGGUCUUAAGCCAUCGACCGGACGACUGCCUCUAAUCGGAUGUGAUGCCUACGUCCUCGGCUGCGAAACUAUUCUCGGAACACUUGGCCCGAUCUCACCGACACUGGGCGGGGUAGAAAUCUUCAUGAAGACCGUCAUUGAAUCACAGCCCUGGUUGACCGACUCAAUGAUGCUUCCCAUUCCGUGGCGUGAUCAAGAAACACAUAUACAUCGGAACGACAAGACACUGACUGUCGGCGUGAUGUGGACUGAUGAUGUCGUUACCCCCGCGCCGGCCGUAACUAGGGCGCUGACGGAAGUUGUUGAGCGACUGAAAAUUGUUGAGGGGGUAGAGGUAAUUGAAUGGAAAGCUUUCCAGCAAAAGGAGGCUUUGGAAAUCUUGACGAAGCUGUACGCUCCAGAUGGAGGCAAAGCCUUUGCUGAGCAUCUCCAGUCCUCCGGUGAGCCUUAUCAGCCGUUAACAGCAUGGACACUCCGCGAUACACCCGGCAUCGAAGAGCUCAGUCAGCAUGGUGUAUGGGAGUGGACUGGAAAGCGAGAAUUCUUCCGCUAUGCCUACUUACAACAAUGGAAUACAAUCGCCCCCGAAAUGGACGUGAUUCUCUGCCCUGCCUUCCCCACCCCCGCGCCUAUCCACGAUACCUCUCGAUACUGGGGCUAUACAUCCCUCUUCAACCUCCUCGAUUAUUCAGCCCUCGUCUUCCCGGUGACAAAGGUUGAUCCCGAGCGUGAUGCAAAGGAUCCCACGUAUACUCCGAAGAACGAUUUUGAUGCCUGGGCGUAUGAGAAUUAUGAUCCGGUAGCGCAAGAGCACGCUCCUGUGUCAUUGCAGCUCGUUGCGAAGAGAUUGGAGGAGGAAAAGCUUUUGCAGGCAUUUAAGGAGAUCAAGGAGAAGAUCGGCUUGCCUUUUGUCGAUUGCUUGGCUUGA